AUGGCUAAAAAAAGUGCAGGGGAAAACUCAAAGAAAGCAGCAGGAAACGCCAAGAAGGCAGAGGCUGCCAAUAAAAAGCGUCAAGCUGCUGAUGAAGCCGCAGAGGCUGCAGAAGCUUCCAAAUGGGACACGGGAUCCAAGAAAGACAACAAGAAGAAGGAAGAUGCACAAUUUAAAAAGGAAGAAGCUGCACGUAAGAAAGCAGAACGUGAUUUGCUUCUAGCUGCCGAGGAGGCUGCCAUGCCUUCGAAGGCUGCCAACAGCAAGCAGAGAGGUGCUGCUAAAGUCGCUGCUAAGAAGACAGGAAAGAUCGACGAUUUCCUCGACUGGAACAAAGAUGUGCCUGAAUUGAGUGCUUCCGGUCUCGACGAUGCCUUGGCUGCGUUGGCAUUGACUGGAAAGGAGGGUGGUGUUGCAUCUAAGGACAUUGACAGACAUCCAGAACGUAGAGUCAAGGCUGCCUUCUCUGCGUUCGAGUCUCGCAGAUUGCCUGAGAUGAGAAAGGAAAACCCUGGCCUCAGAUUGCAGCAAAUUAAGAACUUGCUUUUCAAGGAGUUCCAGAAGUCGGACGAAAACCCAAUGAAUCAAGAUACUAAUGUCAGUUAUAAUGCCACCAGCGCGGAUGUGAGAGAGAAGAAACAAGAGGUUAGGUCCGAGAGAGAAAAGAAGUUCGCAUAG